AUGAUCAACAAUUACUUUCAAUUUUUCCAUGAUCAACCUUACUCAUUCUUCAACGAAGACCACCUUCGGCAGCAGUUCCGUGCUGGGCUACUUCCCACCGCAGUUCAAUAUGCAUUAUUCGCCAUCGCGUUUCGAUUCUCGAUACAAUCCAACAUUCAUGCCAAUCCUGGGCAAGCACAACACUAUGCUGACAUGGCAUGGAGCGCUGCUAUGGCACAAUGCUUUGGCAACGAGGAAGGUCCAGACUAUCGCAUGGUCCAGGCUCUUACUCUCCUAGCCAUAUAUGAUUUCACAGAGUGCAAACAUCGGGGCGCUUGGAUCAAAAUUGGACUUUCUGCAACCAUCGCCCAAGCGCUGCAUAUGAUGGCUGAUCCAGAUCCUACGUUGCCACUGGUUGUCCAAGAAGAACGCCGAAGAACUUUCUGGUCGAUUUACCUAUUGGAUAAAAUGGGGACCUGUGGACGAGUGAGGCCUCCUAUAUUCCAGGAUCACACAUGCCUGCUUCGGUUGCCUGGUGAGGAAUCUCCCUCCAGUCCCGGAAAUCUUAGGCACGCUCCAACCCUGCAAGCUUUCUUCAGUACUCCGGAUUGCGAUCUGGGCGAACUUGAGCCAUUCGCCAAAACAACGAUUCUUGUUUCCACUGUCAGCCAAAUAGCCACUUAUGCCUUCCAGCUAGGGAGUGGUCUUGAUGCAAAACCGCCUUGGGACCACGCCUCUGAGUAUGCUAUCCUCGCGUCCAAGUUACACGGCUUCGGUGCAUACUUUGAAACCUGGAAACCUAUUUCAAACACAAUACUCACCACUCUUGGAAGAGAUCUCGAUCUUAACCGCUCUGCUUCAGAGCCUUUUUUGUUUUCAUAUGUAGUCUUUCAUCUCUGCCAAUGUCUUCUUCAGCAUCCGUUUCUCCUAAGGCGUCACAUACGAGGUUCGAGUCCGAGGUUUUCGAGCUUCUUCAACACCGCCACAAAAUCGGGCUAUGAACAUGCUCAAGAAUUGACCCAUACCUUGGCCUUUGCUAGGCAGUCUGGGUACAAAGCUGCUGCAUCCUUCUAUGGCUACUCUUCUCUCGUUGCAGCAUCAAUCAAUGCCCUCUACCAAUAUUCCGAUGAUGAAACAACUCGUCAGCAGGCUCGCUCGGCCUUGAGCGCGAACGUUGUGUUCCUGGAGCAGCAUUCCCUGUACUGGCCAAAUGCAGCAAAAAUGGUUGUAACUUUGGAUAAGUUUAUGCUCAAGGUCACAGACUAUAAGUCCCUGAUCGAUAUAACUUGCGAAGUUGUGCAUCUGAGCGAAUCGGACAUCGAUUAUUUGUACUCUGUCGUUGAUUAUGGCUCACUGUCGACUAACGCAGCUACCGAUCGGCUCUACCAGAAUAGGGACAACGCACCUGCAAUCACGCCAUUCAAUCAAGUGGGAUCUAUCCACCACGGUACAAACAUGGUCAGAGCCGACAUUUUCAAUAAUUUCAAUGGCGCGCCAACGCCCACCCCAGGCAUGCCAGCCUAUGUUCCAGACCUCGGUGGCAACUUAGAGUUCAAUUUCUCAAGUAAUCAUCCCCAACAGGAGCCAGACUUUUACGCCCAGUUCUUUAACGACCUGACCCUGCCGACUCAAGGUGCGACCAUCGAUCCGUAA